AUGGGAAAUCUUGGUGACCUGUCGCCCCAGGGUAGUGUCGCGGUCGGGGUAAUAGUCGGCUUGAUUUCGACCAGUCUCCAAGCCAUCGGGUUGACACUACAACGCAAAUCGCAUAUACUCGAGGACGAGAAACAUCCCUAUGACCUACGAAGACCACCAUAUAAGCGUCGAAGAUGGCAGCUAGGAAUGCUAAUGUUCGUUGUUUCGAACAUUGUGGGGAGUACCAUCCAAAUCACUACGCUUCCGCUUCCAGUGCUCUCAACUCUCCAAGCGUCGGGCCUGGUUUUCAACACGAUCUUCGCCACUUUAGUCCUCGGUGAAGCGUUCACCAGGUAUUCCUUUAUCGGUACGAUCCUGGUCUGCAUUGGUGCAGUCUUGAUAGCUGUAUUUGGCGCUAUAGGGGAGCCGGCGCAUAGUCUGGAUCAGUUGCUGGAGCUCCUUCAGCGACGCAAUUUCGUACUCUGGAUGGUGGGGACAGCCGUCAUUGUGCUGGUCAUUCUGCUCGUCUCAAAAUCGCUCAAGCUUCUCGCCUCUCCGCACCGCUCAAGGCAUACAACGAAGUCAGCUGUCGAGCUUCUUGUCCGAACGAUUGUGGAUCGUGUGAAUCAGUUUAAUCGAUGGCAGUCAUGGGUGAUUCUCCUCGCAAUGAUCUCCCUUGCACUGACGCAAUUAUACUUCUUACACCGUGGCUUGAAGUUGUGCAGCACGAGCAUUCUGUAUCCUUUCGUGUUCUGCAUCUAUAACGUCAUCGCUAUCCUGGAUGGUUUGAUCUACUUCCGCCAACUGUCCCAGCUGGCGGGUUUCCACGCUGGCCUGAUUGCUCUCGGAACGGUCGUUCUGCUAAGUGGAGUGCUUUGUCUCUCGUGGCGAUUGGACGUUAUCGACAGCCAUGCGUCUGUGACCGUUGUUGGCCCUUCUCAAACCGGAUUGGGUCCCGGUAUGGCUGUUCUUGAGGAGAACCCGCAUUCUCCUCGUGAAGUUGGCGGGGAGGACGAAGAACCGCACAUCGGAGAGCGACAGCCUCUCUUGCAGGCAUCCCACCCGCCGCACGGAUCCCCUCAUCGACGGACACCCAGUUUACCUUUGGUUUCAUCGAUUCCUCAACAAACUCCCUCUGCUGACAUUGACCCGGCCUCCAUCUGGGCUGAGCUGGAUGACUCGGACUAUGAAUACACCGACACGCUCGCUCAGUCUACGAAGGACACCACCAGCGAAGAACUUCAAUCCCGGGGCCCGACAAUCGACAAUCUCUCCAAAAACGAAGCACCUAUUUUGGCCCUUUCCCAGGUAACCACCCAAGUCGCUCCAUCGGCUACGGCACAUCGGGUGAGAGCGAGCGCGAACGUGGACAUGAAGGAUCGAAUCACCUCAUCUCAUCGAGUAGCGGCCGCGAACCGCUCCAGCUCUCCGCCACUCCAUCCAGCGACGGCCCCCUUACAGGCUCAAGAAACGCCUUAG